AGCGCUAGGACCUGCCCCUCUGGCGCCCGGGCUAGAAAAGAGCGUUGAUGCCGGCCACAGGGAUGAGUCCUAGGCGGCGCUGCCUGCCCGGCGGCGGCUCUGAGGAGCGGGUGCUGCUGCUGGUGGCCUCUUUGCAGAUGUAUUUCUGUCAUUGAACAUUGGCCCAUUUGAAGGCACGAGGGAAGCUCAGCCAUCAGUAUGUCCAAGUACAAACUGAUCAUGUUAAGACAUGGGGAGGGGGCUUGGAACAAAGAGAAUCGUUUUUGUAGCUGGGUGGACCAGAAACUUAACGAUGAAGGCUUGGAGGAAGCUCGAAACUGUGGGAAGCAACUCAAAGCGCUAAACUUUGAGUUUGAUCUAGUAUUCACAUCCGUUCUUAAUCGGUCCAUCCACACAGCCUGGCUGAUCCUGGAAGAGCUAGGGCAGGAGUGGGUUCCUGUGGAAAGCUCCUGGCGUCUGAAUGAGCGUCACUACGGAGCCUUGAUCGGUCUCAAUAGGGAGAAAAUGGCUUUGAAUCAUGGCGAAGAGCAAGUGAGGAUCUGGAGAAGAAGCUACAAUGUGACCCCGCCACCCAUUGAAGAGUCUCAUCCUUACUACCAGGAGAUCUACAGUGACCGGAGGUAUAAAGUGUGCGAUGUACCUGUGGAUCAGCUGCCACGGUCUGAAAGUUUAAAGGAUGUUCUGGAGAGACUCCUUCCCUUUUGGAAUGAAAGGAUUGCUCCUGAAGUGUUACGUGGCAAAACCAUUCUGAUAUCUGCUCAUGGAAAUAGCAGUAGGGCACUCCUGAAACAUCUGGAAGGUAUCUCAGAUGAAGACAUUAUCAACAUUACUCUUCCCACUGGCGUCCCCAUUCUCCUGGAACUGGAUGAGAACCUGCAUGCUGUUGGGCCUCACCAGUUCCUGGGUGACCAAGAGGCUAUCCAAGCAGCCAUUAAGAAAGUAGAUGAUCAAGGAAAAGUGAAAAAAGCUGCAAAAUAAAGUUUUUCCCAAGUGUUGGCUAGGAAUAGCUACAAAAAGGAGUGGCAUGCAGUGUGUUAUAGGUGCUGAUCUCUCCCUCUCCUCUCUCUCCCUUUUCCUGAUUUUUCCAGAGCUAGGCUGUGGGGUAACGUUUGUAUCGGUAACUAGGUAACUUAUGUUGGCCCAGAUAAAGACUUUAGGGUGCCUGAGUGCUUAUGUCAUAAAUCUUAUGGGUUAGCUCUCCUGCUGGCCCUGUUUUGAGUUAAAUUACUCAGCAGUGGGGCUUAAUGUCAUAAGUUUCUUAGAUGGUAGAGUGAUUAUGGAGGUAGAGUUUAAGGUAUUCAUCAUUCAACAAAUCAUUAUGAAGUCACCACUGACAGGUACUAAUUAGUGCAGUAAGUAGUUCACUUUUAUAUUUACUAAGACUUUCUGGGAUGAUAGGAGAGUAUAUUAGAUAACUAUACUUAAGUAUUUAUUAUUAGUCUUUUCCUCUAGGAAAAGGGAUGUUUUAAUAGUUAAGAUGAGAGGCCCAUUAAAUGGGAAAGCCACAGAUGGGUUCCUCCACAACAGCCAGCAAUAAACAGCAAGGCCCUUUGCCCUGUCUCUAGUCCAGAGACUCCUUUGACAUAUGGUGGAAUUCCUCUUUGGCAGUUAGAAUUAGCAGCACAUAGACAACUAUAGCUGUUUGUGUUCUCUUAUUUUUGUUUCUUGAACUUUAAUCCUUGGGUACUUAAAAUUGGUUUUAAAAUAAAGUUCUGUGACCAAAAAUGAUAUCCCCAAGUAUCUCUAUGUGAUUCAUAAAUAUUAGAUAAAGGCCUCUGAACUGAAGCCUUCUGCUUGUAUCUUCCUGUAACACUCAGAGUUGCACCUUUUUUUCAACACAUAGACACUCUAAUUCUCUAUAAAUUAAAGGUUGGUGUCAGGAUGUAUAACACAGUGAUGUAAUUUUAUUCACAUGAGCAAGGGAAAUGAUAUCUUGGAGUUUGUCACAUACAUUUAUUGUUCAUCUGCUGAGGGCUAAGAGUAGCCAGGGUAGGCCAUGGACAGAAUUGAUUGCUUAUCAAUCUUAAUGAUACUGUUUUCCAUAGUAUAUUUUUAAAUACUAUAGUUAUGUAAGUCAUUUCUUUAAGGAACAUAUAUUUCAAUGAUAAAUUCAUGUAAAAAUUUGUAGCUGUAAUAGAUGUUAUAGAUAUUUACCAUUUUUUAUGACUUUCCAUGGGUGGAUUAGCUCAUUGUAUCCAUGUUAUAAUAAAACUGGCAUUAGAAGAAAACUAAUUCUAAAACCCUU